GAUACUUUGUUGUUUCAUGGCUGUCACUCUGCUUUCAUUCCCCUCCAGAGGUUACGCGCUGUGUUCGUCUGUGUAGUCCAAAUGAUGGUGUUUUUAUAAACGAUGGAUCAGAAGAUUCCUUAUGAUGACUACCAGCUCCCUGUGGUAUUCCUGCCUUCAUAUGAGAACCCACCAGCGUGGAUAGCCCCACAGGAGCGGGUUCAUCACCCGGACUACAACAAUGAGCUCACCCAGUUCCUGCCUCGUACCGUCGUAUUGAAGAAACCUCCAGGAGCACAGCUGGGCUUCAACAUCCGGGGGGGCAAAGCGUCACAGUUGGGAAUCUUUAUAUCCAAGGUGGUCCCAGACUCGGAUGCCCACAGAGCCGGUCUGCAAGAGGGAGACCAGGUUCUUUCUGUGAAUGAGGUUGAUUUCCAAGACAUAGAGCACUCAAGAGCUGUAGAGAUUCUGAAGACUGCGCGAGAGAUACUGAUGAAGGUUCGCUUCUUUCCUUACAACUACCAAAGGCAGAAGGAGAGGACUGUACAUUAGGUGGCAGCAGAGAGAGAGAGAGAGAGAGGGUGUGUGUGUGCGCGGGCGGGCGGGCGGGGAUCUACGUCACUGCUCGUCAUCGCCCUCCUACAGACUCUGGCCUCCAUUCUGUCUCCGCUUCAAGAUGACUGACGUAUGACUAACAGCUUCAUUCAAAGUCCUCCACGUAGGGACAAUAUAUACUCUGUCACCUGAGCGCUCCCUGAUCUACUGUGAUACGUGGUGAUUUCUACUCUAUCAGGAUGUAUUCACAGGAAGAUACGGUACAAGCAGAAGCUUAAUAGACAUUUCACACUAUAAAUGAUGGAACUGAUACAUAUUUUUCUCGUCGAGCAUAACAUUCAUAGACAUUUGCUUUUCCUAAAGCCCUAUAAUUCUUGUUUCUACUGUAGUCUUAGACAUGUAUAUUUAGAUCGAGUACAGAGUAGCACUUGUGUGUACUGUACACAUCUGCCUCUAUGACAAAGAUAUGAAGUGGACACACAUGCUCAGUUGCGUGUUUAUUAGGUACACCUACCGAAAACUAAUAGAUCAGCCUGGCUAUAAAUCCUACAGUCAUGAACUGUUUGAUGGAAUCGUUUAAACUCAACAUCCACUUACUAGCUUUUCCUGGAGCUUUCCAAAACAUGAUUCCAAUGUUUUAUUUUUUUAUGCGUCUUAUAUUGACAAACUGAGUGUGUGUGUACAUGUAAAUUAAAUGUGCAUAUGACUUGGACUUCAGUACGCACUGACUCACAUGACACAGCAGGGCCUUAUGUAUUUUAGGAGGAAACGAUGGUGCAAGACUUCUGGUAAAUAUCACUGAUCCUAAUAUCACUGUGAAUAUACUGUACAUCCAGUUUUUAAAUAUUUAACAGUUUGUAAUUGUUUGACUAUUAAGUUGUGUAACUAUUGUUCGGUGACUGCUAUUGUUACUUAAAUACUGUGGAAUGUUUGCUCAUGUUUCAUCCGUGUUCAUUUCACAUAACCCGCUUCUGGGCUGAAUAGUUUAAAUCACUUUAAUGUAUGAACUUUAUAUUUGAGUUGCCAAACUGUUGACAACACAGUCUCAUUCUUUACACUGCUACAUUCAGAAGAGAAAUUACUUUCGGUUUUCCAUCUAAUAACUUUUUUCAGCAGCACAUUGACAUGGUACAAAGAAAUAAACGUCUUGAACCGUG